UUUUGACUAAAGUAAAUCAAAUCCACUCUAUAUUCCCUAGAGUCACUAUCUACAUUACUAUUUUAUUUACUCGCAACUUUGUAAAAUAACCUAAGAAAAUGUCAGUCCAGAAGAUAUGGUUCUUCAUAAUCUUCGCUGUGAUCGCCUCGGCGAAAGCUCGUGGGAUUACUUCAGUAAGCAGUAACAUUAAUAAUGAAAUUAUCCCACUUGAAAAAGAGAGCAGACUUCUACUGGAAACUCCAUCGGUUGGAGUCAUAAUUUUGAAGUCAUUAAAGGCCGCGUGGUUCUUGCUGUCUACAUUGUGUUCCGUCGUGGAUUACAAAUUGGCAGCGGCUGCUCUAGCUGUGAAUGUAGCCCUCUUCCUAUUCAAGCACAGCUACCCGCUCAUAGUUGGCGCAGUAGUCGUGUUUGGCUUCUGCAAGUUGACCGACAAAUGCGGUUUUGGUUAUAUCGCCGAAAAAUUUGACAAUCUGUCGUAUGCUGCAGAAUAUGUGGGUAUUGGAGCGUUGAAGUAUGGAGACCACUAUUGAAGAC